UGAGGAGUGGUCGCACAUAAUUCAAUGCACUGUGUGCUCGUGCAGUGGGAUUCGUCUUUUUCUCCGACAGAUGCACAGUUUUCGGGACGCCCUUAGACAAUGGGGAAGACACUGACGUUUCUUUCUGUUUUAUUCAUUACGUCAUGUUUCCUACACAGCACUACACAGCAAACAGGAUGCCUGGAUGAAAACCCGGCGUAUGACAUUGUCUUUCUCGUGGAUAGUUCUAGCAGCAUCGGCACUCGAGACUUCCGGGAGCUUAAGACGUUCAUGCACACUUUUGUGGAUGGUUUGGAUAUUGACACUAAAAAUGUGCAAGUUGGCCUUGCACAAUUCAGCACCGAUCCCCACAAAGAGUUUCUGCUGGGGGACUAUGCAAACAAAGCAGAGCUGAUCAAGAAAAUAGAUGACCUUCCAUACCGAACAGGAGGCACGUACAUGGGAAAAGCCAUGAAUUUCCUUAAGGACAGUUAUUUCACGAGUGCAGGUGGAAGCCGUAUCAAUGAAAAAGUGCCUCAGAUCGUUGUGGUGAUCACAGAUGGAGACUCAGCCGAUGAUAUAAAGGGACCUGCUGAAGAUCUGCGACAGAAGGGUAUUAUUAUAUUUGCUAUUGCUGUUGGUCCCACCAAUAUGACUGAAUUGAAGGCAAUCGCCAACAGCCCACCUGAGCGUUUUGUCGUUAAUAUCGACAAUUACCAAGCACUGCAAGGACUGACGACCACCGUGAAAGAGACAGUCUGUAUCUUGAUGAGGGAUCAGGGGGAAGCUCUUGCUCCAAAGUUUGCUGAUGUAUUUGUCCUGGUGGAUAGCUCGGCCCAGGCGGAAACACAGCAGAUAAGAGAACUUCUCAACCAACUGGCUGUGCAGCUCAAUGUGGGCGAUGCAUCUCAUAAGAUCGCUCUGGCUCAGUUUGGCGAGACCGUUGUCAAAGAGUUUCUGUUCAAAGACUACCAAACCAGGAAAAAAGCCAUAGAAUACAUAAAUCGGUUCGAGCCCAGGCCCAACGGAGAGCGAAAAUUAGGAAAAGCCAUAGAUUAUGUUCGCACUCAAUUUUUUAACACGGCGUCCGGCAGCGAUAUUGCUAAAGUCAACAAGCGGUAUCUUCUGGUUCUGAGAACAGGGAACUCAAACGACUCCACUGUGAGGGCUAUACAAACAAUGAAGAAUGAGGAUGUGACCGUUAUUGAUAUCAGAUUGGAAGCAAAUUUACGCUAUCUGUCACCUAAUAUACGUCAUUUCCAGAUUGACCAGAAUAUUUUUGAUGUUGCUUCAGACAUCACAAAAAGGAUUCAGGAAAAAGAAACUUUCAAUGUUACAGGAGACUGCAGAUCAGCCCAAGUGGCGGAUAUUGUGUUUAUUGUGGAUGAAUCGGGUAGCAUCGACAGAAGCAACUUUGAACUGAUGAAACGCUUCCUCCAACGCACAAUUAGCGGUCUAGAAGUGAAAUCUGACAGUGUGAGGGUGGGAUUGAUACUUUACAAUGACAGACCCAGUGCUGAAUUCUACUUGGACACAUUUGUAAACAAGGAUGAUAUUCUGAACUACAUUAAAAUCAUACCAUACAGAGGUGGAGGAACCGCAACUGGUGCUGCCCUGAAGUUUGCCAAAGACAAUCUGUUUACUAAGACCAGGGGCAGCAGGAAAGCUCUUGGUAUAAAGCAGAUUGCUGUUGUCGUCACUGAUGGCGAGUCACAAGAUGACGUCAGCGCCACAGCUGCUGAGCUGAGGCGCUCAGGAGUCUCUGUUUAUGCCCUUGGGGUGAAGAAUGCUAGUAGGGACGAACUCACAAAAAUUGCAUCCUACCCCGAAAGGCAAUUUGUGUUCAAUGUGGAAAGUUUCCAGAUGCUUAGUUCACUGGAGAAAAGCCUCAGAAAGAGCCUUUGUAAGGAUGUGGUCAAUCGAGGUUUUGACAAGAACGAUAGAUUACUCCUAAAACAAGGAUGUGUGAACACAGAGGAAGCAGACAUUUAUUUCUUGUUGGACAACUCUGGCAGCACUCGUGCCGACUUCGAAGAUGUGAAGAAAUUGAUCCUAGGCUCUCUGCAAGUAUUCAACAUUGGAAGAAAUCAAGUUCGCGUGGGAGUUGCUAAAGUCGACCGUGAUCCAACUCUACAAUUCAGCCUGACGGAGCACAAAAACAGAGCCUCUUUAGAAGCAGCUGUGAAGAACAUCAUUCGACCCAAUGGAGGCACAGAGACAGGCAAAGCACUAACUUUUGUGGCCGAUCUCUUUAAUCAGGCUAAAGAGUCCCGUAAGGCUAUGGUGCAGGAGAUUCUCAUUGUCAUAACUGAUAAGAAGUCCCAAGAUGACGUGAGUGAACCAGCGGCAGAGCUGAGAGCUCAAGGUGUUUCAGUUUAUGCCGUUGGAGUUAAGAAUGCCAACCAGGAUGAGCUCUUGAAGAUGACGGCUGAUAAAACUAAGAAGUUCUAUGUGACCAACUAUGAUGCCCUGAAUGCUCUCAAGGGCGAAAUUGUUACAGAUAUUUGCUCACAAAAAGCCUGCAAGAACACUGUGGCCGAUAUCAUGUUUUUGAUUGAUGGCUCAUCUAGCAUUUACAGCCUAGAUUUUAUAUCAAUGAAGACUUUCAUUACUAAAGUUAUAAAUGGUACUGUCAUCGGAGAAGAUAAUGUGCACAUUGGUGUGGUCCAGUUUAGCAGCACACCACAGGACCAAUUUGCCCUGAAUAGGUUCAAUAACAAAGAUGAAGUAGAGGAAGCGAUUAACAGCAUUACACAGUUAGGAGGGGACACAUACACAGGAGAUGCACUAUUGUUUAUUUCAAAGUAUUUUGAUGCAUCCAACGGUGGUCGGCCAGAUGUCCCGCAGUUCCUCAUAGUUAUCACAGAUGGGGACGCUCACGAUGCUGUCGCCUUACCUGCCAAGGCCAUCAGAGACAAGGGUGUCACCAUCUUCUCAAUAGGUGUGGGCAACAUAAACGCCACACAGUUGUGGGAAAUCAGUGGAACUCGAGACAAAGUGUACGUGGAGAGGGAUUUCGCUGCACUUCAGUCCAUUGAGAAAAACCUCCAAUUCAAGCUCUGCAGCACUGACGCAGGUUGUGAGAGCUUACAAUUGGCAGAUGUGAUCUUCUUGGUGCAGUGCACCAGACGGAUUCGUUUUCAAGAUUUUGAAAACAUUAAAAACCUUUUAAUUUCUGUGGUGAACAGCACACAGAUUGGGGAGAGUCUAGUUCGCAUUGGUGUUAUUAUCUACUCUGACACUCCGAAUCAGUUCUCUUUAAACCAGCACACAAGUAAACGUCAAUUACUGGAGGCUAUAACAUCCCUUCAGUCCCCACUUGGAAACGGCUACACAGCAAAAGCUCUUGGAUACUCUCUCUCUUACUUUAAUGAAGCAAAUGGUGGGCGCCAAAAACGAGGCGUCCCUCAGAUGCUAUUCGUGAUCACGGACGGUGAUGCAAGAGACCGGGAAGACCUACUUGCACGGGCUGAUGAGUUUACAGCAAAACAUAUAAAUGUGUUUGGAAUUGGAGUGGCCAGAGCUCAAGAUAGUGAGCUGGAGAUGAUUACCAAGAACAAAAACAAAAUAUUCCAUGUUAAUAAUUACCCGGCCCUUCAAGAUCUGCAGACGAACAUCUCAGGUGUCAUCUGCAAUGCAACCAAACCAGAAUGCCAGAACGUGGUCGCUGACCUGGUGUUUCUGAUUGAUGGAUCUGAAAGCAUCAAUGAGGAGUCAUGGAAAACUAUGAUUGAUUUCUUGCUUAAUGUUGUGGACAAGCUCCGUAUUUCUUCAGAACUUAUCAGAAUCGGUAUAGCCCAGUUCAGCAACUUAUAUCAGAAAGAGUUCUACUUGAAUGAGUAUAAAGAUGCAGAUGGGGUGAAAUCAGCAAUUCGAAAAAUCAGACAAAUUAAAGAUGGGACGUACAUUGGAAAAGCUCUGCGUAACGUUGUGGAAUUCUUCGAGGAAAGCAAAGGGAGUCGCAGACAGAACAACGUACCGCAGAAUCUCGUGCUCAUCACUGAUGGUAAAUCAUCAGACGAAGUGAACGAAGCAGCCGAUGAUCUCAGACGCCUGCAAAUAAAUGUUUUUGCGAUAGGAAUUGGGACUGUCUCAAUGCAACAGCUCAGCUAUAUUGCCGGGUCACCGGAUAGGCUAUUCGAAGUGCAGAACUUCAACUACCUUAAUCUGACAACAGCAACAUUUGUUGAUACCCUUUGCUUUCCUGGACCUGUAUCCCAACAAGCAAGUUGUACAGUUGACAUUGGCAUCGGAUUUGAUAACUCCCGCACCAGUUCAAGUUCUCGCUCAAUCUUUACUGACCAGAAAAAGCUGCAGGCCUACCUGCCUGAGAUCAUCCGUUACAUUUCAGUUGUGCACAACUUGUGCUGUAUCACCCAACCAACCCUCAAUAACAACGUAGGCUUCCGAUUGGUUGAUGCUGAUGGAAGGAAGCUGGAUGAUUUAUCUUUCGAAGAGUACAGUGAAGGUGUGGUACAAAAAGUGAAGGCACUGCAGACUUCCCAAUCUCUCAAAUUUAACACCAAUCUUCUACGCUCUUUUGAGGAGAAGUUUAGAGCUUCCAAUUCUUAUGUAAAGGUGCUGAUCAUCUUUACAGAUGGGUUGGAUGAGCCUGUUGAGGAUCUUCUGCCUGCCGUCGGGAGCCUCAAGACAAGUGGUGUAAAAGCUCUGCUGACUGUGGCCCUGGAUGGAUUUAAAAGCACUUUUGACCUGCAGAGGCUGGAGUUUGGUCGAGGGAUGCAUUACAAGCAGCUUCUCUCUAUUGGCAUGCAGAAUGUGGCCAGUGUCAUGCAGAAGGAGAUUGACACAGUUGUCUCAAGGGAGUGCUGUAACGUGUUGUGUAAAUGCACUGGUCAUGAGGGAGCACGUGGAAAUCAGGGUCCUCCAGGGUUGAAGGGCUCACCUGGACAGAAAGGGCUUCCUGGUUACCCUGGAGAAGAAGGAGGGCCUGGUGAAAGAGGGAUUCGUGGUUUGAAUGGAACUCAAGGACACCAGGGAUGCAUUGGGAAAAGAGGCAUGAAGGGUGGCAGAGGCUACAGAGGCGACAAUGGAGAUGAGGGAGAAGAUGGUUUAAAUGGUGUAAAUGGUGAACAGGGUGUAACUGGAGCAGCGGGAAGCGCAGGAGGGCGAGGAGAUCCAGGAAGCCCAGGUCCAAGAGGUAUCAGAGGAAGCCCUGGAACCCCAGGACAACGAGGCCUGAGAGGAGAUCCGGGAAGUUCAGGAUUGGACAACAACAUCCGGGGUCCUAAAGGUGACGUUGGCGGUCCAGGCAUACAGGGUGAACCAGGUCCAGAUGGCCUUCCAGGCCAAAUUGGUGAUAGUGGAAGACCAGGUCUUGGUAGCAGAAGAGGCUCAGCGGGUGUACCGGGUCUCAGAGGGCCUCCAGGAGAACCAGGACAACUAGGACUCCCUGGGGCCUCAGGUCCAAUGGGUGCUCUCGGUCCACCUGGUCCGGUUGGGCAGAAAGGUUUUAUUGGUCUACCUGGACCUCAGGGACCACCUGGCUCUCCAGGAAGGCCAGGAAUUAAAGGAAGCAUUGGUUCCAGAGGAAAUAAGGGCCAGCCAGGUGAUCCUGGAGAUAAGGGAUCUUUCGGACCUCCAGGCCCCAGAGGACAGCUGGGAAAAGAUGGUGUAGAUGGCUAUGGAUUCCCCGGACUCAAAGGACAGAAGGGAGAUUCUGGUUUCCCAGGUCAUCCUGGACUUCAGGGUGAACGGGGCUUGAAAGGAGUAAAUGGAGGUGGUGGUCCUAAAGGCAACAGGGGAAGAGGGGGCAAUGCUGGCAGGGCAGGAACAGCUGGAGAUCCUGGCAGCGAGGGGGUGACUGGACACAGGGGCCCAAAAGGACCACGAGGAGCCAGACAGAUGUCUGACUGUCAACUGAUCUCAUAUGUUCGAGACAACUGUUUGUGCUGCAGAAAUAAUAUAAAAUGCCCUGCCUAUCCCACUGAUCUUGUGAUUGGCAUGGACAUGUCUGAAGAUGUGACGCCUCAAGGCUUCGAACGCAUGCGUGCUGUAGUCCUGAGACUCUUGGACAAUAUCAAUAUUGCAGAGAGCAGCUGCCCGACGGGGGCUCGGGUGGCUGUGGUUUCCUACAGUUCCUACACCAAAUACAUGAUCCGCUUUAACGACUAUCACCGCAAGAAGCAGCUUAUUGAUGCAGUGAAUAAUAUCGCCCUGGAACGCUCUUCAAACCAGCGUAACAUAGGCGCUGCCAUGGGGUUUGUGGGGAGAAACGUCCUGAAGCGUGUGCGAAAGGGUGUCCUGAUGAGGAAAGUUGCAAUCUUCCUCUCCGCCGGAGAAUCUCAGGAUUCAACCUCCCUCACCACGGCCAUUCUAGAGUACAAAGCCCUGAACAUUAAGCUCGGGGUUAUCGGACUGAGGAAUGUCCCUAGUAUUAGAAAAGCUUUUCAGGCAGAUGAAAGCAAGAGUUUUAUCUUCACUGUGCUGGGAAGAUUGCAAGACCAGAAUGAGACUCUGAGUAAGAUCCAGAGUUGUGUUAUCUGCUUUGAUCCCUGCAGACCAGCAAGAGAAUGUGAGGGCACCAACCUGGCAUCUGCUCCUCAGGAGUUGGACUUGGACUUGGCUGUGAUUGUGGACGGCUCUCGUAGCAUCCUGGCCGACGAAUACGAGGGUGUGAAGGAGGUGCUCGGCGGUGUGCUAGAUCAGAUUGUUGUGAGCAGUCGACCCAAUAAUGCAAGAGUGGCCGUCUACCAGCAGAGCUCUACGUACAGUGAAGCCCAGUCUGCUGUGAAAGUCAUAUUUGGCUUCCAACAGUUCCCUGAUCGUGAUCUAAUGAAGAGAAGCAUCUACCAAGAUCUAAAGCAAACCGGAGGCUCUUCCAGACUCGCCCUUGCGCUCGAAUACGCCGUGAUGCAGGGCAUCCUCACGGUUCCAAGGGGUCGCAAGUACAAGAUGGUACUGGUCAUCAUAGGGGAAGAGAUGGCAUCUCAGGACAGAGCAAAGCUGGACUUUAUCUCCAAGGUGGCGAAGUGUGAGGGUGUUGUUCUCUUCACCCUGAUGGUGGGUGACCACAUCAGCAGUACUCAGGUGGAAGAGCUUGCCAGCUUUCCUUCAGAACAGCACAUCAUUCACCUGGGCCACUUGAAACACGGAGAGCAGGAGUACACACAGCGCUUCAUGAGGACGUUCUUCCACAUUCUGAGCAAAAAUCUGAACUCCUACCCUCCUCCAUCACUCGAGAGUCAGUGUAGUAGUGGUCAACAAGGUCCAGGUCAGCGUUUGGACUACGAGGCUGCAGAGAGACCUGUACAUAGGAUUCCUGUGCCACCCGUAAACCCAAAUGUGGUGAAAGUGGAGAUGGAGGAAGAAGACGCUGCACAGGAGGAGACUGAGGACCAGCAUACAUCAGGCCGUGGAGACUCAUUAGUCAAGUCUCCCCUUGACCGCACAGACAGUUUCUGUCACCUGAACAGUGACCGUGGAACCGUCUGUGGUGAAUAUAUGCAGCAGUGGUAUUAUAAAGAAGCAGUUGAUGCAUGUUUACCCUUCUGGUACGGGGGCUGUGACGGUAACCGUAACCGUUUCAGUUCAGAAAAGGAAUGCCUUCAGACCUGCGGCAAACAAAAUCCUGAGCAAAUCCUGCAGGCAAAAAAGGAAACCACAUUAUUUGAUGAUGCGUGCCUCAUGAAACAGGAUGUGGGGCCCUGCACUAACUAUGUUUUAAACUGGUACUAUGACGUCCAGCAGAAUGAAUGUAUACACUUCUGGUUUGGAGGAUGUGGAGGAAACAAAAACAAGUUUGACACACAGGAGGAGUGUGAAGCCCUUUGUCUAAAGAACAUUUAACGUGAAUGACUUUCUAAAUUACACUUGUUACAUUUGAACAUUAUGUUCACCUUGCAUUUAGCUAUUUUUUUUUUUUUAAAUAUACAAUUAUGUUUUUACAACAACAAAAAAAGAGCUAAAAAUUACUCACCGGCAUCCAACACAAAAGAAAAUUAGCACUUAUUUAUCAUCAUAUUUUAAUAAAGUCAUACACCAUCAGCUAAGUCACAGUGUAUGUUAAUGUACAUAAAGUUUGUUAGUGAAGAAGUUCUGUGACAGCAAUAAUGUGGAAUAACAUUUUUUUGAUACAAAAUAAAACAAAACAUUUGAA